AUGCGUUCCAUUCCUCUAUGGCGCGCAAGGGAUACCCCGGUUCGAUCCCUGUAUCGGAUCUACGAGGCUAUGGCCGCACGCGAGUGCAAUGCCAUAGGCCCGGAGGUGGAGUACUUCUGGUAUCAGGCGCGGACGUCAUGGGCAGUGCGUUCCAUUCCGGACCCGUGCGAUCCAGAUCCUGUUCGGUACGCUAUCCUUGCCUGUAUUGCGGAGGAGCUUGCCAAAGCAUUCAACUGGCGGCUGAGUCUUGGGAUGCGGCGUGAUAAAAGAAAGCAUAUUUACCGUAAGACAGUCGAUGACAUACUUCCACCUUACACGGCAGAGACUGCGCCUACCUGGGCUAAGAACGUACCCGCUUUUGAUGUCAAGUUGAUCGCGGAUUUCCCAGAUGAUAUGCUGGAUCCAUUGGGAAGAUUAGUGCUUGAAGCAGGUGGAACAAGUCUUAUCUUUGCAGAGAGAAAUAUCGUAACCAACACCGGCCACUUUUACACGAUCUAA